AUGCUGCAUCAAAUCGUUAACGAGACGCCAGCAGAGCGGGAGUGUGCUGCAGCUGAUAUGGACGAGCCCUUUACCACUACAAAAUUAACAAAGACAACUUGAUUACAUGCAUAUACCCUUACAUCAUUUAAUGACUAUUUUUACACACGACCGAAGAAAAAUAUUGAAACGUCACCGUUGGCUUUCCCCGCUUCAGAACAUACCGGUGGAGACGGCUUCGUAAAAAUGAUAACAAGAGGAUGUUUGUUUCUGGCAUUAAUGGUGAAUUAUGUACUUUCACUGCCGGUAUCUUCACAUCAUACUGAGAACCAGGAUGUCAAGGUGAUGAAGUGCAUAGUGGAGGUGAUUGCAGAUGCGCUGUCCAAGCCUAACCCUAUCCCAGUCAGCCAGGGCUGCUUGGACUCGCUCAGGACAGACACUAGACUCAUCUCCAUACUCCGGAGGCAGAACUUCCUCAAGGAGCUGCAAGAGAUUGCCUUACAAGGAGCCAAUGAGAGAGCCCUGAAUCCGGAUGAAGGCGGGGCUGCUGAUGUGACAGACAGGCUUGGGGGAUCUACAGCCCUUAAGGAUUCACCAGAUCGGUCCAUGUUGGCCUUCCUGGAAAGACCGGGAGAGAAGGCCGCCAUGCCUGAAAAGAGAGAAAGUGAGGACGACAGUAUGGUGAACGAGGGAAAAUCGCAGGAAGAGGAGCCUGACAAACGCAUCUCCAACUCUUUAAAUGAAGACAAGGUGACACGAGCCAACUUAGAGGAUGAUGCAGAGAAAAAAGAUGGGAGCGACAGAGAUGAGGUGGAUGACAUACAAGUUAAAAGUGGGGGCGAGACUGAGCCGGCUGAGAUCCCAGCAGAGGUGAAGUCACCAGAGGAGGAGCCAGGGUCCGAGGGGGUGCAGAAGACAGCGGAGGAGAGGAGGGAUUUUGACAGACCGGAGAAGAGAAAGGAGGAGGACGAGGAAGAGGAGAGGGAGCCCAAGCACCGGGGAGAGACGGACGAGCUCUCGGAGGGGCCGUCGUCCCGGAAACAGGCCGAAGGGGAGCCGGUGGGGGGCGGGGCCACAGAGGGAAUCCCCCACCACUCCAAGGAGGAGGAGGACAACGGUGGGAGGGAGGAGGAGGAGGAGGAGGCGCGCAGGAGCCCGGAGGCGCUGGAGCUCCAGAUGAUGGCGCGCAGGGAGACAGAGGAGGGCAGCGCCAACCGCAGGACGGAGGAUCAUGAGGUCGAGAGUCUGGCAGCCAUUGAGUCCGAGCUGGAGAGCAUGGCCCAGAAGCUCCAUGAGUUGAGGAGGGGCUGAGCGCUCUCCCUGCCCCCCCCCCCCCACAGGCGUUCAGGCUCGCUGGCCACACAACCCUCUCUCAUAGUCCCCAAUCCCGAAAAAGCACUGGUUCAUGGUACUGUUCCUGGCCGCCCUUCCACUAUAUCCCUUUUCUACCCUCUUUUCAUCGGCCCUACCCCGAUAGGCUCAACCCCUUUUUGACCCUCCUCUUUCUUCUCACUAUGCUAGUGCUUCACGGCAUUGUUCCUGCUUCUCAUAUUUUCACCAGUCUAAAAAAAACUGAAGUAAUAAUGAUAAAGAUAAAAACGUCACAUCGAUUCUUUUAAUUGGUAAUGAGUGAUGGAGGAGUGUGUAUUGUGUGUGAAAUGGCAUACGUUUCAAAUGAUGUGUUCUUUCUAAUCUACUACACUUUAUUAUAAAACUGUAACUUAAGACCAUUAUUGUUCUAUGAGACACAUGCAAUAAAUAAGAAAUUUGUAACAGAUGAGUGAUUUCAGAAAUUAAAUGCUGUAUGGAAUUUAUCUAAAAAAAAUGAAUAAACUGGAUGGAUUUGUCUGGA